AUGGAUUCGAUCCUUGAAGAAUGGUAUACCUCCGCUGGUUUUACGGAUGCUCAGCAGCAAGCAAUCGCUGAAGCCCGGCAGUGCUUCCACGCAGCUAAGGGCCCGACCACGAAACACAUCAACGACAGGAUUGCGGUCGCAAUCACACAGACUUUUACUGACAGCGAUGCAAUGGUUGAACGAUGGCCCUCACAAAUCCGCAACCUCAUGAACCAGUUCUCGCGAUCUGCUGCCCCGCCUGCCAAAGAGUUUGAGACAUGGGCACGACCGCGGGACCAGGAGAAGCGGAAACAGGCCAUCUCUUCGUAUGGUGCAGACGGUGCCCUAGAGCCUCAUGGACUGAACCUAUCCUGGACUCUCAAAGACGACAUUGACGCCAUUCGGUACUAUGCCAAGUCAGGACGGUCGCUGAAAGUUCUCGGCGAGAUGGCCACUACCUUCUUUGUGAAGAUCAUCAAAGACGCUACGGCUACUCCUCACACCAACCCCUUGGUCUGGUGGCUGGCCGUUUUGAUCCAGACUGAAGUCCUAGACGACCAACCCCGCUGGACGGUGGCAGACUUCCAGGACACGCUGUCGUUCUCUCAGAAGCUCGCAGCCAUCGAUCAUUAUGCUCGGAUAUUGGUCUUGGAAGAUGCCUUUUAUCGCUGGAUUGAAAUUCCAGGCAACAUAAGUCCAGCCGAGAAAAAGAAGCUACAAGACUCCCUGGAUCAGGUAUCUAUUAGUUGGAUUGAUCAAGAUGCCGAGCGCCCUCCAGUCGACCCUCUCGCCAUGGUACGGAGCUUCCGCCAAAUGGCCUCGCCAGAAUGGAGGGCCUAUACAGAAUAUAUUGAACCAAUCUUUGCAGAAUGGUUGACGGGCCAAAGUACAGGUCCCAUGUCAACGGUCAUACUGCUCCUUCACGGAAAGCUAAAUACCCCUUCGUAUAGGAAGGUGUACAAAGUCAAGAUGCAGAUUGAAGAAGAUUUUUCUGUCGAUCCCAUGAUGGCGGCUUGUUACCCAGCUGAGGUGGAAACGAGGGCCACAAUCGAGCAAGCGAACAAGGAGGCUCGGAGGUGCAUCCGUGAUGAGCUGGGACCGAAGUAUGCGUCCCUCAAAUGGGAUGAAGUGUAUGACACAAGCGGCAUGAUCCGCAUUCGCGCCAUCUACCGAGAUGAGGCCAAUGAUGCAAGGGCGCUUGCGUGGGUUGAGGAAGCGGACAUCCUGACUGAAGACAUGUAA